CGUAGGCCGAAUAGCUGGUACUGGGCAAUUUCUCUUCUUCUCCGUCGGAUGUGUCGAAGGAAUUUCGGAAUAUCCAUGACUCACGCCCUUCUCCAAAGAUGGAGGCCUCUCUCUGCGUUGAGAGCUGGAGCUCGGAGCUUCCGGUCAGACGCUGCACUGGAGGCCCUAUCCAAAGCUUCGGAAGAUAAAGUCCCCAACUUAGUGCUCUACAACUACCCCUCUUUCUCUGGAGCUUUCUCGGCUCUCUUCGCCCACCUCUUCCACUCUCGCCUUAAUCUCCCUUGCCUCAUUUUGCCUUUCUCUUCCGUUGAGCCUCUCUGGGUUGAAGAUCUAUACAUAGAAGGGCUUAAGCGAUGCUAUCUGCUUGACUUCCUUGGUCCAAAAGGAUUUGCUAUGAAACUUGCACAGCGGUCAUCAUGCGAGAUCAUAGGUUUUGAUCACCGAAAAUCAGUACUUGCGCAGAUUCUCCCUGCCGAAGAUCAUCCUGAUAACCUCAUAUUUCAUAUAGAUUUUGAGAAGAGUAGCUCUCGUGCUGUGUAUGAUUACUUUUCUGAUAAACUUACUGAUAUGACAUUUACUAAUGGGUUGGUUGCAAGUUUGUUAGACCCGAAAGACCAAGAUCGCAUGGAAAUAAUUCUCAAGUUUAUUGAGGAUGGAGAUCUUCGCCGAUGGAGCUUAGCAGAUAUUAGGGCAUUUAAUAUUGGACUUAGGGAAUGGCGCUCAAGGUUGAACUGCAUCACUAAUCCAUACGUGUAUGAACAGUUACUGGAGUUAAGUUCCAAUGAUCUAAUUACUAAGGGAAAUUCCUAUAUGGAAUCUCUCCGCACUGCUGCACAUAAUUCGCUGGGUAAUGUUUUCAAAGUUCAAUUAGGCAGGGGAUUAUACGGAGUGUGUCUGGGAGUUAAAGUGGAUCAGAAUUCCAACUUAAUUGAUGAAAUUGGCAAGCAAAUUAGCGUAAAAAGUGCUGCAGCUGGUCUAAGGCCUAUAGGAGCUGUUGUUUACAUGCAACGAAAGAAUCUUAAGAUGUGCUUGAGGAGUACCGACGAUGCCAUUGAUACCUCUGAAGUUGCAAAGGCAUAUGGUGGAGGAGGUUCCCCAAGUUCUAGCUCCUUCAUUAUUCGGAUGGAUGAGUAUAACCAGUGGCUAGCGUGAACUCAUCAUGAGCAUAUCAAGGAAAGAAAAUUGCACCUGAACUAAGAACAUUGAUCUUGGAGGAAUCUUCAUAUAGUGUCCCAGCUUAAAAUCACUGAGGAAAGAGACAGCCUGAGCCAUGCUCAUGUAUCCAUAGGUUUUGAAGCAAACAUUGGCUAUUGGUCUUCCAGGGUAUAUUAGACCCAUUGCAUACUCCGUGAUAAUGUUUAGCCCCGGUGUCUGUAUAUAGAACAUUAGAUUGUUAAUUGACAAAUAGCAACUUUUAUUCAGAUAUGGAAAUGAAAACUGUGCUUAUAUUAAUGAGUGAAUUCGAGAAAAUUAUGCUGAAACAAGCUAAAAUCAUUAAUGAUAGUGAUGUGAUCUGGUAAUUCUAUCUGACUGGAGCUGUUUUAAUAUAAUAGCUAGUUUCUUUGAAGCUAUGUUAAAUUUUAUCCUUAUAUUAUUAAGAGUACUGCUACAUCUACAAAUGAAUUAUACAAAACAAUCACACAAACUGACGUGGCUUCAUUUGAUUUUUUAAAUCUACUUUACAAGAAAAGUAACUUUACAAUCGGACGAACCACAUUAAACCACAUCAGUUUGUAGGAUUAUUUUUGUAUAAUUCUUUUGUGGCUAGAAUAUUUCCCAAUUAUUAAACCUAGUAGAGUUCAUAAGUCUUAUGUGAUGUAUGAAAAACUAAGCUUGGCAUGACACAGCUUGCAUGACACAGUUGAGAUAACCCAUUAAUGGUAAUUUCAAUUACUUAAGACAUAUAGAUCUCUUGCUGCAAGAUGAGCAAAAGAAGUAGAAAAAUGUAUUCUCCCAAUAACCUGGUUUGUCGUGGCAGUUAUGAUGCUGAUUGGAAGAGUGAAAAUAAAGGCCAUGGCUGCAGCAAAGAGGAGUCCCCACCAUGGCAUCUGAACCUGAUUGUUUAAAAAUAUGCAGAGUACUAAGGAAACUGCAAGUGUCACACCAAGCAGAAUGUAGAACCACCAGGUAGGUAUGUCCUUGUAUCUCCUCAUCAAUUUGGUAUGGAUGUCCUCCUUGCCCUUGUAAGAAGCAUGAUACCGCUCAUAAAUUUCCCUGUACAUAUUUUUUUUUAUACGACAUGAGACUUCACAAAUAUAAUUAUAAAAAUUUCAGAACCUUGCAAACUUUUUG